UAGUAGGUAGGUACUAAUUGUUAUUGACAAUUGACAGCUGUGAUGUUUUUGUCAUAACUUUUAUUACAAUUCAUCGCCAUAACAAAUUUAAAUAUUAUUAUAAAGAAAUAGAAAACUAAAUAUAAAGAAUGGGUGCUCUAGCCAGCAGGCAACAUGCAGGUGUAGAAGAAGCCGAUGUAGUCUCAAACCAUGCCUAUAAAUAUCCACCAAGAUCUGGUAAUUACUUCGGUAGUCAUUUCAUAAUGGGAGGGGAGAGAUUUGAUACUCCUCAACCAGAAGCGUAUUUGUUUGGUGAAAACGCUGAUCUGAACUUUCUCGGCAGCAGACCAACGCCUUUUCCGUAUCCACCUCCUCAAUCAAAUGAACCAACGAAAACCUUGAAGAGUUUGAUAAAUAUACGGAAGGAAUCAUUGAGAUUUGUUCGUUGUCCGGAACCGGUUGGUAAAUUAGCUGAAAAUAAAAUUAGUGACGGAGCCGUCAAGACAAUGGACUGCAAUGGAAAGGGAACUUACUACAACAUUGAAUUCACAUUUGAUUGUGAUGUGCGAUGUGCCAUUACUAUAUUCUAUUUUUGCACCGAAGAGGUGACACCCACUGGUGUUGUGUACUACCCUCGAGAUGCAUCAAUGACUUCCCAGACAUACCACUACAAGAAGGGAGCCAAUCAGCAAUUCUGCCAAAUCUCCCAUGUGUUUGAUCCUUCCAAGCAUCCCGAGGAGGAUCUGGUGUACAAUGCUGAUAGAGAGAUUAUUCCUAUUGCCAUAUACUGUUUGGUUGACGAAGGGCAAGAUGAAAUAAGGCAGUCUCAUACAACGAUAGCGGUCAUAGAGAAACAUUUGGAUGGAACGUACGUGCUGAAGGCUCUGAAGCAGAAGCUGUUUGUGGAUGGGCUGUGUUACUUGCUGCAAGAGAUAUAUGGCAUUGAGAAUAAGAACCUCGGCAGUCAGCCGCCGUCAGACGAGGAGACAGAGGACGGCGGGUCGGAGUGCGUCAUAUGUAUGUGCGACGUCCGUGACACGCUGAUCCUGCCGUGCCGUCACCUGUGCCUGUGCAACUCGUGCGCGGACUCCCUCCGCUACCAGGCCAACAACUGCCCCAUCUGUCGCGCGCCUUUCAGGGCUCUGCUUCAGAUACGAGCCUUACAGAGGAUCGCCAACCCCGCCUUACCAACCGCCGCCAGUCCGCCAGAUGGUAGUAUGGAGAACAUCCCGGCUGGUUACGAGCCGGUGUCCCUGAUCGAAGCCCUGAACGGUCCGGCGGCGAGGCCCCGACCUCCGCCCGCCGCGCCGGCCAUCGCCAGCCCUGACACGGACACCGCCUCACAGGCGGCGGAGGUCUUGAACCGCUGCAACCUGGAGCGGAGCUCGUCCACCUCUCUCGGCAGCGGCGGCAGCAGGAAGCCAGCCCAUCACCAUCCCCUGACACCAGAGUUCCGUAUGUCGGUGUUGUUGGCGCGCGACGAGGAAAAGAACGCCGAGGAGCCGAGACUUAACAAACUGAAAGCGCUCUCUAAGAGCUCCCUGAACUCCGACCACCGCCCGGAGAUCGCUAAGGCGGAGAGCGUCAGUGACGUCACGGGCGAGGGCGACGGCGGGGAGGGGGAGGGCGCGGAGGGGGGAGAGGGGGACAGCGACGACGAGAGACGGUCGCCGCUACUGACACACCUCACUAACGGGAUCGGCAAGAUGUCUGACAGCGCGGACACUCUGCGCGGCUCGCUGGCCCACAUAGACGACACGGACACCGAGGAGCCCGAGCACACGGACACCGAGCGGAACGAGCGGGACGAGCGGCACGAGCGAAACGAGCGGACCGACAAACAGAGACUCUCCGAGGGCGCGGCGGAUCACUCGGACCCUUACACGCCGGACGGUCCGAACGCGGCGGUCGAAACGCACGAGGUAGUUCAUGUAGUGCGGGAGUGCGCGCCUCAACGCUGGGCCCUGCCGCAUCACGUGACAUCCCUCCCCGGCACUCCCCUGUCCCAAGCGAGCGUGCGAUCGUCUGGUGACUCCUACAGCUCGUCGUCUUCCACUCGCCAACUGCUGGCGGGUGCUCCGCUAGCGGCCGAUACGCCGUGCUAGCGCUGCGCCCCCCUCUCAGUCUUGCCGCAUCCCGAGAUACACUUGUAAGGUGUCCCGGGUGUGAAUUGACUGCGAGUCCAUUAAUUUGGAGGUCUAAUGUCUACAAGAAGGGUUGAAAGUCGAUGACAGUUUUGGACUCCAUAAUAUAAUUGACGCAAUUCUUUGUUAGAAUUGAAAUUUAAAAAUCAAUGAAAAGCAAUAGUUUACGUUUCUAUACACAAAUGACAAUUAAUGUAACCUGAGAUACAACAACUGUAUGUUAAAAAUAUUGUAAAUAAUUGAUUGACACAGUAAUCUUAGAAUAUUUAUAUAAGGUAUAGGUAUAUUAACAACAAAAUAAUAGUGUUCUAAGAAAUGUAAUUAUAUUCGCAAUAUAGUUUAUGAGAAUCACAAAUUUCCCCGUAAACUAACUAAUAGUAUACACUCAUGUGUCAUACUAAAUCAAAAUUAUUACACAAUACAUUAAAUUUUUACUAUAUACAUAUAUAUACCUUAAAUUUUUCCUCUUUCUUGUAACAAAUUAUAUUUAUGUAUUAAAAAAUAAUUCUAUAGGGUAGGUACGAUCUGUUACACUAAACCACUAGGCUUGGUAUAAAUGUUGAUAGAGAUCUGAUGUGUUAUAAUUUUAUUCCUAUGUUAAUAAUUAUUUAAUAGGAAGCUUUUAAGUUUUACGAAUUUAAUCCGACACAACGUGUUAAAAUCUUCUCAUAUUAUAUAAUAAAAUUAUUAUGACUGAUAGAAACAUUCCUGAAAUAUAAAAUUAUAUUACGAGUAAUAAACAUAGCUCGGUAGUGUCCUUAGCAUACAUUUAAUUAUACAGCUAUUACUAUGUAAAUAUAUCUGUAUUAAAAAAAUAUUUAAUCCGCA